AUGUCGACUAUUGAAUCCAAUAAUAUUGCUAUGAAUUCAAAGACUCAGUCGAAUACCGUUAAUUCGACUGCGCUUGUUGUGUAUCAGUCUAAUAUACAAUCUCAAACACCACCACCUCCACCAUUACCAUUAACAUCAAGUACAUCAUUACCAUCAUCAUCAGCAUCAUUUAAUGAAGAUAAACCUAUUGAAAAAUUUUAUAAAAAACAAAAACAAAUUAUAGUUGAAUUUGACCAAAUUGUUAAAGAUAUUCGUUUUCAACUUAAUGAACAAUUAAAAUGUUUGGAACAACGUAUUGAUACACAAUUAUCAAUUCUUGCUGAAAUACAAGAAUAUUUUAAACGUCGUGCUGAUGUUGAACUUGAUUAUGCUAAAAAUCUUGAUAAUUUACAUAAACAAAUUAAUCAAAAGUCUCGAACACAAAAAGCACGACGAGAAACUUGGAUUCUUCAAUCUAUAAAUAAAUUAUGGGAAACGAUUGUUCAUGAUACUCGUACUCAUGUUAAAUAUCAUACAAUUAUGUCUGAUAUUUGUGGAAAAUAUAUGUAUGAUAAAUUUAAUGAAAUUGUUGAAGAUACAAGACGAAUGUUUACAAAAUGUAAAUCAGUUGCUUUAGCUAGUCAUGAAGAUAUAUUUAAAGUACUUAAUGAAUUACAGAGUACAAUGAAAACCUAUCAUCAGUAUCAGAGUGAAAGCAAACAAGCCGAACAAAAAUUACGAAUUAUUCAACAACAGAUGGCAAAAAUAAAAAGUGCUAAAAAACAAAAAACUAUGGAAAAACGAGUUGAAAAAAGACAAAUGAAAUAUACAGAAACAAAAGUCAAAGCAUUUAAAGCACGUAAUGAUUAUUUAAUGACAAUUGAAUCUGUUAAUGCUGCAUUAAAAAAAUAUUGUACAGAUGAUGUACCUGAUUUAAUUGAUUGUAUGAAUUUUGGUUUUCAUACAUCAAUUGCUAAAUCAAUACAAAUGUAUUUAUCAGCACAAGAAAAUAUUAAACGUGGUCGACAAGCAACAAUUGAAACAUUAAAUCGAGCUAUUGGUGAUUUAGAUACAGUUACAGAUAAACAAAAAUAUUUAGAAUAUUAUUCAAAUACAUUUACAAUACCAAAAAAAAUUAAAUUUGAACCACAUAAAGGUGAUGAAGUAUCAGCUGUUAAUGCUCAAGUAUUAAUACGUGAUGAAAUGCAAUCACGUUUUAUACAAAUGCAAAGUAGACUUGCAGGAUUAAAAACAGAAAAUGAUGAGAUUUUCAAAACAAUUGAAGCUACAGAACAAUCAUUAAUGGAAUUUAUUAAUACGAAAAAUUCUGAUGUUUCUGAUUUAUUUAAAGAUCUUAAUUUACCACAAAAUAUAUCAAAAGAUAAAAGAAAAGAAAUUGAAGAUUAUUAUGUUGAGAAAUUUAAACAAUAUACAUUAAGCAGUAAUUUAAUUGCACGUUUACAAGCUCGUCAUGAUAUUAUGCAAAAAGCAUUAGGUGCUGCACCAACUACAGCUAGUGUCGAAGAUAAAAAUUUAAUACGCCGUCCAAUAAAACCAAAACAAAUUGGUCGUGCUCCAAUUCUUGGUCGUCCACGUUUAUUUGGUGGAAAACUAUUAGAUUAUAUUCAAGUAACACAACAACAUGUACCAUUAAUUAUUUCAUCCUGUGUUAGUGCUAUUAAUCGACUUGGUUUACAUAAUCAAGGUAUUUUUCGUGUACCUGGUGCACAAAUUGAUAUAAAUCAAUUUAAAGAAGCAUUUGAAAAAGGUGAAGAUCCAUUAGUUAAUAUAACUGGACGUGAUAUGAAUUCAGUUGCUGGUGUAUUAAAAUUAUAUUUUCGUGAAUUAAAAGAACCAUUAUUUGCUCGAGAUAUGUUUGAUUCCUUUAUUUCAUGUAUUGUUGAUGUUGAAUCUGAAGAAAAAUGUGUUGAAAAUCUUUGUCAAGUUGUGAAACUUCUUCCUCGUCCAAUAUUCAUUGUUAUGCGUUAUUUUUUUGCUUUUCUUAAUCAUCUUGCAGAAUAUUCUGAUGAAAAUAUGAUGGAUGCAUCAAAUUUAGCUAGUUGUUUAGCACCAACACUUAUGCCAAUACCUGAAGAUAAAGAUCAAGUACAAUAUUUAACACACACAAUUGAACUUAUACGAACAAUAAUUACACAUCAUGAAGAAAUAUUUCCAUCAGAUGGUAAUGGACCUAUCUAUGAAAAAUUUGCUAUUACAGUUGCAAUUGAUGGUGAAGAAGAUGAAGAUGAUGAAGGAAUCAGUGAACGAUCAUUAAGACGAACACCAAGUGAUGAUGAAGUGGAGACGAUUGAAGCAGUAGCAUUGUUUGAUUAUGUUGGAAGAACUGAAAAAGAAUUAUCAUUUAAAAAGAAUCAAAUUAUUUAUAUAUUUAAAAGAAUGAAUCAUGAAUGGUGGCAAGGUUGUUUAGCUGGUGGAAAUGAGUCGGGAUAUGUUCCCGACGGUUACAUCAAGCCUAAAACAAGACGUCGAGAUUCAGCUCCAGUACAAAAUCGUCCAUCACUUUGUCUUACUCCAGAACCAUCAUCAUCAUUUAAUUCAAUUAAUUUAACAACAUUAUCAAAUGAUCAACUUAAUACUCCUAUAGUUUAUCGUCAAUCAUCUAAUUUAUCAAUUGUUGAUGAACAUCGUCUUGAAACAGCUAAAGAAACGGAAAUAGUUGAAGUUGAUUCUGAUAUUGAAAAUGAAGAAGAAGAAGAAGAUGAUGAUGAUGAUGAUAAUGAUGACGAUAAUGAAGAUUCUGAUGUAUCACAAGAAAAUACAUAUGAAAAUACAAGUAAUUCAAGUCAUCAAAAAUCUAAUAAUCAUCAUUCAAUAUAUGAUGUUUUACCACCAAGUCCACCUAUAUUACAAAUAAAAAAAGAUCAUUGUCAUUCAAGAUCAUCAACAUCAUCAUCAUCACGUUUAACAUCAACAAAUGAACAACAAAUAAUUGAUAUUGAUACAGCAUUACGUGAAGUAUUAUCUGGUAUUCGUACAGUUGAAGAAUGUCAUGCACAAUGUUUUCGUUCUGUAUCAACAAUAAAUAAUCAACAAGAUGAACGUUUAUCAACACAACAAGAAAGUGAUGCACCUGAUCUUGUACUUAAUUUACCUAUUACAAGUGGACUUAUAACACCACCAUCAACAAAAUCUAUUGAUAAUAAUAUAAAUGAACAUCAAUCAUUAAAAUCUUCAUCAUCAUCAAAUAGUUCACCAAUUCAUCAGAUAGAUCAUAGUCAUAAUAAUAAUAAUAAUAAUAAUUCAUUAAUACAAUUAACUAUAAUGAAUGAUUCAACACGUACAUCACGUUCAAAUUCUGCAUCAACAACAACAACACAUUUUAUUGAAAAAAUUCGUCCAUCACCAGAACCAAGUCAUCGAAAAAAAAUUCCACCACCUAUUAUGAAAAAGCCAGAAAAAACUAUUGAAUUACUUAAACGUCUUGGUUUACAACCAUCUAAUGAAUCAUCAUGCGGUGCUACAAGCUCAUCAACGUCAACCUCUUCUUCCUCAUCGUCACAUUUACAUCAACAACCAGUAUCUGUUGCUGGUUCGUCCAAAACUACUGAUGUUUAA